UUCGCUGUGCAUGUGUUUGACUAAACUGCCUCGUAUGUUGAUCCCGAUUGACUUUUAGAGAACCUGACAUUGGAAUAUUAGAAGGAUAGACCUCCCGACAGAUCAUAAAAAGGUGACACUGUUGUGAUCAGGCUACCUGUAUUGUCUGAGCCUAUAGAUUGGACCACGAAGAUGACCCAGCCUCGGCCGGACGAGUUCAAGCCGCCUCCGGAGUGCCCAGUCUUCGAACCAAGCUGGGAGGAAUUUGCCGAUCCUUUUGCUUUUAUAAAUAAGAUCCGUCCAAUUGCGGAAAAAACGGGUAUUUGCAAAGUCCGCCCGCCUCCGGGCUGGCAGCCCCCAUUUGCAUGUAAUGUUGACAGACUGCACUUCACUCCUCGGAUACAGAGGCUCAAUGAACUAGAGGCACAGACCAGAGUCAAGCUUAACUUCUUGGACAAGAUCGCAAAGUUCUGGGAGUUGCAGGGGUGUUCUCUGAAAAUUCCUCACGUGGAAAGGAAGAUAUUGGACCUGUAUCAACUCAACAAGAAUGUUGCAGAUGAGGGCGGAUUUGAUAUUGUGUGUCGCGACAGACGGUGGACGGCGAUUGCACUUAAGAUGGGCUUUGCUCCUGGCAAGGCUGUGGGCUCUCACCUACGGUCACACUAUGAGAGAAUCCUCUACCCCUACAACCUCUUCCAGAGUGGAGCCAACCUCCUGGCACCAGAGCUUGCUUCCAAGCUGAUGUGUUUAGUGUCUGCCCCUGAACUUGACACGUUUGUCCAGAAGCCAACCCUGCCAGUUGACACGAGUGACAAGGAGUACAAACCCCAUGACCUGGCCGAGAGGCAGCAGUUUGUCCAGCCAGCCGAGUCCUGCUGCAACAGCGCCCGCAGAGCAAAGCGGAUGAGAGUUGAGUCCGGUUGUGUGAAGACUGAACCAGGAACUGAACCCUGUGAGAACAGACCAAAUCUGAGGAGGAGGAUGGGCUCCUUUGUUGCCAAGCCCGAGCCAGAAAAAGAAAUUCCCAUUCUAGUGAAACAAGAACCCAUCGGGCCAGUGAGCGAGGCAGACGAAAACAAGUCUCGAUAUAAGAAAAAACCCAGUCUUGAUGUCCCACCUCCUGCAGUGGACCUGUAUAUGUGUCUGGUGUGUGGCAGCGGGAGUGACGAGGAUCGUCUUCUGCUGUGUGAUGGCUGUGACGACAGUUACCACACCUUCUGUCUCAUACCCCCUCUACACGACGUCCCCAAAGGAGAUUGGAGGUGCCCCAAGUGCCUGGCUCAAGAAUGCAGCAAACCUCAGGAGGCAUUUGGCUUUGAGCAGGCAUACAGGGACUACUCUUUGCGGGCUUUUGGUGAAAUGGCAGACUCCUUCAAAUCUGAUUACUUCAACAUGCCAGUUCAUAUGGUUCCCACAGAGUUGGUGGAAAAAGAGUUCUGGCGCUUGGUGAGCACCAUCGAGGAGGACGUCACAGUGGAGUACGGAGCAGAUAUAGCUUCCAAGGAGUUUGGGAGCGGAUUCCCCAUCAGAAAUGGAAGAUUUAAGGUUUCAGAAAAGGAUGAGAAGUACCUGAAGUGUGGCUGGAACCUGAACAACAUGGCGAUGAUGGACCCGUCAGUGUUGACUCAUGUCACAGCAGACAUCUGUGGAAUGACUCUACCAUGGCUCUAUGUAGGCAUGUGCUUUUCCUCCUUCUGCUGGCACAUCGAGGACCACUGGAGCUACUCCAUCAACUACCUGCACUGGGGGGAGCCGAAGACAUGGUAUGGAGCACCUGGCUUUGCUGCAGAACAGCUUGAGGCGGUGAUGAAGAAGCUGGCCCCAGAGCUGUUUCAGAUUCAGCCUGACCUCCUCCACCAGCUGGUCACCAUCAUGAACCCCAACACCCUCAUGUCUCACGGGGUCCCUAUUUACAGAACAAAUCAGUGUGCCGGUGAGUUCGUCAUCACCUUCCCCAGAGCUUAUCACAGUGGUUUCAACCAAGGCUUCAACUUCGCUGAGGCUGUCAACUUCUGCACUGUGGACUGGAUGGCAUUAGGCCGACAGUGCGUUGACCACUACAGACUGCUGCAUCGGUACUGUGUUUUCUCCCACGACGAGAUGAUCUGCCAGAUGGCCUCCAAGGCCAACAGUCUGGACGUGGUCCUGGCGUCGGCUGUCCAGAAGGAUAUGAAGGAUAUGAUCAGAGAGGAGCAGGACCUACGAAAUAAAGUCCGCAAGAUGGGGGUGUUGCAUUGCCAGCAGGCGGAAUACAAUCUCCUGCAGGACGACGAGCGGCAGUGUGCCAAGUGUAGGACCACUUGUUACCUGUCUGCCAUCACCUGCCCCUGCAGCCCUGGUCAGCUGGUCUGUCUCCACCACAUCCAAAACCUCUGCUCCUGCCCCCUCACCAACUACACACUGAAUUAUAGAUUUACACUGGAUGAGCUGUACCCCAUGAUGAACGCGGUGAAGCAGCGAGCUGAGUUCUAUGACGAGUGGGCCUCCCACGUGACAGAGACUUUGGAGGCUAAACUGGACAAGAAAAAAAGCUUGUCAGUCUUCCGCUCCCUCAUCAAUAAAUCAGAGUCGAAGAUGUUCCCUGACAACGACCUCCUGCGUCAGCUUCGUUUAGUCACACAGGACGCAGAGAAAUGCUCCUCAGUUGCCCAGCAGCUACUCAACGGCAAAAGGCAGACCAGGUAUCGCUGUGGUGGGGGGAAGACACAGAGCCAGCUGACUGUGGAGGAGCUGAGGUCAUUUGUCAGGCAACUGUACAACCUCCCCUGCAGCCUCCCCCAAGCCCCCAAAUUAAAGGAGCUCUUGAAUUGCAUUGAAGACUUCCAGCAACACAGUGAGAAGCUCCUGGCAGACGAGACCACCGGCACAGCAGAGAUCCAGAGUCUUCUAGACAUUAGCUUUGACUUUGACGUGGAGCUCCCUGAACUUCCAUUACUACGGGAGAGACUGGCGCAAGCCCGCUGGCUAGAGGGGGUGCAGCAGGCCAGCACCCAGCGCUCCACCCUGACCCUGGAGACCAUGCGGAGGCUGAUAGACCAGGGCGUGGGUCUGACCCCUCACCGCUCUGUGGAGAAGGCCAUGGCUCGCCUGCAGGAAUUGCUCACGGUGUCUGAACACUGGGAGGACAAGACCAGCAGCCUCCUCAAGGCCAGGCCCCCCCUCUCUAUAGAAGCUCUCUCUGAAACCGCUGAGAAGGUGGCGGGGAUCCCUGCUUACCUCCCCAACUGUCUGAUGCUGAAGGUCUCCAUCAGUAGGGCCAGAGAGUGGCUUCAGGAAGCUGAGGCACUUCAGGAUGAAGAUUCCAUUCCAUUGUUUUACAACCUCUCUGAUAUGGUUCUUCGAGGACAAGACAUCCCAGUCCAGCUUGGCCCUCUAAAGCAGCUGGAGUCACUGGUGGCAGAGGUGCAGGCCUGGAAAGAGUCUGCAGCUAAAACUUUCCUCAUGAAAAACUCUCACUUCACUCUGCUUGAGGUUCUGUGUCCAAGAUGUGAAGUUGGAGCAGGUUCUCCGAAAAGGAAGUCCAAAAAAGCUAAAGACAUCACUCAGCACAGCAAGAAGAAGAUGGUGAAGCUAGACUGUCUCAGUGAUGUGGAAAAAGCCCUCUCAGAGACCAAGGACUCUGCCUCUGCUCUGGCAACACUUGGGGAGGUGAGGUUACGGGAGAUGGGGGCCCUCUCCUCCCUCCGGGCAGCUAACGAGUCCAAGCUCCUCCCCACGGCAGACUGCAUGGACCUGAAGGUGUGUGUGUGUCAGAAUCCCCCCAUGGGAGCCAUGUUACAGUGUGAGCUCUGCCGGGACGCCUUCCACAGCGUGUGUGUGAGGGCUCCCUCAGACUCCCGUUCAGCCCAGGCCUGGCUGUGCCCGCACUGCCGACGCUCGGAGAAGCCCCUGGACAAGGUCCUGCCCUUGCUGGCUUCGCUGCAGCGUAUCCAGGUGCGUCUGCCGGAAGGCGAUGCGCUUCACUAUUUGGUUGAGAGAACAGUCAGCUGGCAACAGCGUGCGCGACAGGUCUCUUCCUCCUGUGGUCUACCAGACCUGGAGGAGAGCUUUGCAACUCCACCAUCUCCGAAUGGAAAGCCAACAUGUUUAUCUCCAGAGUGGAACAGGACAACUCAUGAUCAGAUGGUCUUCUACACCGAGCAAAGAUGCAUUCCUCUGCAGGAUCUUAGUGUGGAGCUGGAGGAGCUGAUGGUGGAAGGGCUCCUGCUGCAGGUGUCUCUUCCAGAGAUCACACAGCUCUACCAUGUGUUACUGAACGGGCUGAGAACGCAUCACACCAACGGACGCACGUCACCGCAAGAUGACGACCUCUCAGACUGUGACAAACUCAAGCAGUGCAACUCUCAGGGAAGAAGCUCUCCACAAAAGGAGGAUGGGCUGAAAAAGGAAGUAGUGAACGGAGCAGAGAAGGCCAAGCGACGCCUGGAGAGAGAGGCUGUAGAGCCAGAGCGCAGGGACAAGGCCAAGAAGUUCCGGGACAAGGCCAAGAAGUUCCAGAACAAGAGACAGAAAAUGAACAAAGAGAAGAGCCUGGAACGCAAGGCGGCAUCGACCUCCUCGUCUCCUCGCUCCGACUUCUCCCAGUCAGACGACUCUGAAGAGGAGAUGUGUCCAGCAGAGGGAUGCCAGCAACCUGAAGGAGAUGAGGUGGACUGGGUCCAGUGUGAUGGCAGCUGUAACCAGUGGUUCCACCAGGUCUGUGUGGGUGUGACAGCCGAGCUGGCUGAGAAAGACGACUAUGUGUGUGACAAAUGUACAAUAAGCGAUGGCCGCUGAGGAAGUGAGGAGAGACUGGAUGGAGAGUUUUGGAUGGAAAGCUGGAAGUCUGCCAGUUUUCGGCUUACUCCGUUAGCAAGUCAGUCACACAAGUCAGGAUGUGUCACAGACCCUGCCCUCAUACCCCCCCAACCCAGCCCUCCUUGUCCUCAUCCCCUUUGUAACAACGGUGCUAUCUGCUCUUUAUUGAGUUGUUGUCCAGAACUAUACUGUUUGGUUACUUUUUUGUAUUUUUACAUAUUUUUCUUUCCUCCUUUGAUCUGUUUGUGGUUGUUACAGAAUGUGGAGUCAGUGUGCUGCAUGGGUUUCCAUUGCAUUGGUUGGUGUAAAAGGAGUCAAACAAUAAGUUACCCUGUAAAAAUCAAAGGGGGUGUGGUAUAUGGCCAAUAUACAAUGGCUAAGGGCUGUUCUUAAGCAUGACGCAACGUGGAGUGCCUGUAUACAGCUCUUAGCCAUGGUAUUACCACAAACCCCCGAGGUGUCUUAUUGCUAUUAUAAACUGGUUACCAACGUAAUUAGCUAGAACAGAAAACAAGUAAUUUUGUGUCAUACCAGUGGUAUAUUGUCUGAUAUACCAGUGGUAUAUUGUCUGAUAUACCACGGCUCUCAGCCAAUCAGCAUCCAGGACCCAAACUUCCCAAUUUAUAAUACAGUAUAUUGUACAUGGAACUUCCUUGCAUGCAAAACCAGAGAUGCAGAGGAUGUGGGUUAAGGUCCCCUCCUCCCCAUUCCCCCUUAAAAAAAUACGAAUAAUGUAGUAGAUAACUUUUUUUCAGGAAACCCAGUGCUUAGUACAUGCAUCUGAAUAAUAUAAUUAAUCAUACAUUUUUGGUAGACUGUUUUAUUUAUCUGAGGAAUAAUGUUUGUCUGAAUUGAUUUCAAUGGCUUGAUCUCCUCUGAACUAUGUGUUGGUGCUUUUAGCAAUGGUUUGAUGUACAGAAACAAAGUGUAUAUGCUGUGAGGUAAGUUACAGUUGUGGACUAGCAAUGUAGCAGACAGAAGGAACUGUAUCGACUGCCACAUAUGUGCUUGGGUGGGUUACUUUGGGAAGGAAGGGAGAGGGGUAGUUUGACAUUGCAGUUUUUAUUGUGGAAUAAAAACAUUUUGUUCUAAUA